AUGUCUAAGCUCUUUCGAAGCCGUCGUCCUCCCGCGCAUUCCGAGACGGACGGCUGCUCGGGGUACUCGGCCCUCUUAGACCCGGCUGCCUUGGAGCAGCAGGAGCAAGGCCAACGAUCUCAGUACAGGGCCUCUGCUGCAGAGUACCACUCGAGAUGGUGGUUGGUCACUGCUGAGAGCCGACCUUCUUGGACGGCAGAGAGACCGCCGGCGCGAAAACUGGUGAAGGACAUGAACGGCUCUGGCCGGCCCUCCUUUUCUCUGGAGCUCUCGGACAACGAUGCCGAGAAAGAGAAGGGCAUGGUGCGACGGCAGCUUUCGAGGCUAAAGGACUUGUACCGGAGGGACAAAUGA